GGAAGUUCCGCUUUUAAAUUUUAGCGCUGUUUCCAAAAACACUGAACACGAAGCUGAAAUUGAGAAGCAGGACACACAGACUGCUCGGAAUAAACCUUAUAAUCGAUUUUAAAUGUCCGUAGUGACCGUUCAGCUGGGUCAGUGCGGGAACCAAGUGGGUCAGGAGCUGUUCGACACCAUUUGGACCGACAAUGUUCCGGAGGGACAGAGGAAAACGUACUGCACGAGCAGCCGGGACCGCUUCUUCCGUCGAACCGCACAUGGAGGCCUGCAGGCCAGGGCGGUGUUGAUUGAUAUGGAGCCCAAAGUUAUCAACCAGAGCAUGACCAAGGCUGCCAAGUCCGGCAGGUGGAAGUAUGGAGAAACUUCACACUUCAGCCAGAAACAAGGCUCUGGAAACAACUGGGCUAAUGGGUAUCAUGUCCUCGGUCCUCGUCACAGAGACGUGGUGGAGGAGCUGGUGAGGCGGGAGGUGGAGAGCUGCGACGUGCUGGCAGGUUUCAUGCCCAUGAUGAGUGUUGCCGGGGGAACGGGGUCUGGAGUCGGUACCUUUGUCACUCAGUGUCUCAGAGACAUCUACCCAGGUUCCUUCAUCCUGAACCACCUGACCUGGCCUUACGGGACAGGGGAGGUGAUCGUGCAGAACUAUAACUCGGUGCUGACGCUGGCGCACCUCUACCAGCUUUCGGACGCCAUCCUGGUGCACGAGAACGACGUCGUGCACAAGAUCUGCAGUCAGCUGCUGAACAUCAAGCCCAUCUCUUUCAGUGACAUCAACGGGGUCAUCGCUCACCAGCUGGGUGGCGUCCUGCAGCCCGCGCUCACACCCGACUCCCACGGAGCCUACGGCGGGAAUCCUCUGGGUGAGCUGGUGAGCGCCCUCGCCUGCCACCCGGAGUACAAGCUGCUCAGCGUGUGCACCGUCCCCCAGAUGCCCACCUCCUCCAUCGCCUUCAGCACGUUCAGCUGGCCGGCGCUGCUCAAACAUCUCCGGCAGAUGCUCAUCUCCAACUCCAAGAUGGAAGAAGGUAUUGAUUGGCAGGUGAGUCUGCCUCCAGCUGCAGGACGGGUCAGGGGUCUCACACCAGGCAGUUUCAACGUCUCGCUGGCUAACCUGCUCGUACUGAGAGGCAAGGACGUCUUCAGUGCAGAGACAGGUGGUUUUGCAGAUCCAUCCAUCUACACGUCCUGGCUCCCAUCAGAAGAAGCUUUCAGUCUGUGGAAAUCCCCGGUUCCCUUCAACAAGUACGAGAAGUCAGCUACGCUGGUUACCAACAGUCAGGCUCUGCUCAGACCUUUGGAUGACAUGGUGAGAAAAGCCUGGAACAUGUUUGCUUCCAGAGCUUACAUGCACCAGUAUAUUAAGUUUGGCAUGUCAGAGGAGGACUUCCUUGACAGUUUUACAUCUCUGGAGCAGGUCAUCUCCAGCUACAGUCAGCUGCACAGCUAGAACUGGGAGCUCCAACCAGACACCAACAUGGACUUUUUUUUUUAUUAAAUAAUAUAUUCAGAUGGAUUUUAACUUGUAAAUAAAACUACUGCUUUUA